UGUUGAACUGUAAAAAGCGUGUUUUUGUUUAUUUUUGUUUAUUUUCUCAUAUUGAUGAGUUUGAUUCUGUUCUCGGUGCCUUUUAUUGAUUAUUAGUUUAUUUAUUUUUGAAUUGCCAUGUCUCAUCGUACUCAAAGUUCUAAACUUAUAAACUACGGUCUCCAUGCUAUAAAUAGUCAAGUUGCUCCUUUGGUAAAUUUAAGCUAUGAAGCUCAAUUGUCAAAAAAACAAUCAAUUAUCAAAAGUAUUCUUGCAGUAGUUGGUAAAAAGUUAGCCAGUGUUAAUAGUGAACUAAAAUUACGUCCUGAUGGUUUACCUUGUGAAUUAGAAGAAAUAAGAGCAGCUCCACUAAUCACUGGAUAUCGUAACAAAGAUGAAUUCUCCAUUUGGCCAGGUGAUGAUGGUAAAACUCCAUUAGUUGGAUUUCUUUCUAAUUCCUUAAGCAAGUCGACGACUCAUUGUAUUGAACCUGAUCUGUCAAUAUCUACAAAAGAUAGUCAUAAAAAAUUAGCAAAGAAGUUUCAAGAAUACAUUCAAUCGGUAUCACCGUUAGGAAUCUGUACUUAUUUCGAUAAACCCACUGGUAAUUGGAGACGUUUGAUAGUUCGGAGCAACCAAGAAAACCAAUUAAUGGCAACCUGUGUUUUGCAUCCUAAGAUAUUAACACCGAAUGAGCUGAAAAUCGAAAAAUCUCGUUUAUUAGAUUUUUUCAAACCUGUCGCCGAUGAAUUAUCUCUUUCUUCGUUAUACUUUCAGGCUUGUCCGAAAGAAAGGUGCAGUAGUGUUAUAGCUCCUUUCCAGCUAUUACUAGGCAAUGAAACAAUCUGUGAAACACUUUUGGGCUAUAAAUUUCAUGUUUCGCCAGAUUCAUUUUUUCAAGUGAAUACUAGUGGAACCGAAGUACUCUAUAAUAGCUUGUUUGAAAAGUUAAAGAUUGAUAAAGAUACAGUUGUGAUUGAUCUUAAUUGUGAAAUAGGAACUGCAAUUAUUCCAAUCGCUUCAAGAGUUAAAAAGAUUUAUGGUAUCGACCCUUCACUUUCAACUAUUGAUAGAGCUUAUCGAAAUGCUCAGGAAAACGGAAUAUCGAAUUGCCAAUUUUUCCAAGGCUACAUAUUAGAUGUUUUACCUGAACUAUUCAAGAAAUUGAUUUCAGAAAAAAACGUUGUUGUAAUUACUAAACCAAAAAGAGGUGGCUUGAAAAAUUCAAUUCUUAAUCUUUUACGUGAAUUUGAACCAGUUAAACAAAUAGCCUAUUUAUCGAGUAAACCUGAUAGUAUAAAUGCUAUUUCAAAUUUUGUCUACUUAUCGAAAGCAUUUAGACCCGCUGAUAACGUUCUUGGAGGUCAUUUCAACCCAAUCACAGCAAUUCCUGUUGAUUUAUUUCCCCAAACAAAUCACCAAGAAUUAAUAUUCAUUUUUGAGCGUAUAGAGAUCUUUCUGUUCAAAUGAUAAAACCAAAGAAUGGAAAAUUGUUUACAAUGAUUGCGAACAAAAUCGUUGGAAGUAAUUAUUUAUGUUCACUAAUAUCGAAAAGCUUUUGAACCAGACAUCAGAACGGACUCAUAAAGUUAAACAUGAUUUUUUAUGGUUCAUGGUUGAUCACGGACAAGGCAAAUCUCUUCCUUUACAAUUUUCAACUUCAAACGAUGAAAUAUAUUUUGUGCUGUAAUUUAAAUUUUUAUUUCAUAAAUUAUCUACUAGUCUAAUUAGUGCAUUUAAAUUUUUAAUGCAAAUCUUGUUAAACAUAAUUACUGACUAUGGAAAUAUAUUACAUUGAUGUAAAGAGUUGAACCUUUAUAAAAUAUUCUGAAAAUACACAAAAAUAUAGCUACUUUCGUAUUAAUAAAAAAA